AUGCACAAGCUGGUGAAGAGGGAAUCACAGGAACACUUCAUCUCGCUACAAACUCUGGAUGGACAAGACGAUCAGACGCUACGACAGCAGAAGCCUGUGAAGAGGGAAUCACAGGAACACUUCAUCUCGCUACAAGCUCUGGAUGGACAAGACGAUCAGACGGUACGACAGCACAAGCCUGUGAAGAGGGAAUGGGAGGAACACUUCAUCUCGCUACAAGCUCUGGAUGGACCAGACGAUCAGACGCUACGUCAGCACAAGCCUCACAAGCCUGUGAAGAGGGAAUGGGAGGAACACUUCAUCUCGCUACAAGCUCUGGAUGGACAAGACGAUCAGACGCUACGUCAGCACAAGCCUGUGAAGAGGGAAUGGGAGGAACACUUCAUCUCGCUACAAGCUCUGGAUGGACAAGACGAUCAGACGCUACGUCAGCACAAGCCUGUGAAGAGGGAAUGGGAGGAACAAUUCAUCUCGCUACAAGCUCUGGAUGGACAAGACGAUCAGACGCUACGUCAGCACAAGCCUGUGAAGAGGGAAUCACAUGAACACUUCAUCUCGCUACAAGCUCUGGAUGGACAAGACGAUCAGACGCUACGUCAGCACAAGCCUGUGAAGAGGGAAUCACAUGAACACUUCAUCUCGCUACAAGCUCUGGAUGGACAAGACGAUCAGACGCUACGUCAGCAGAAGCCUGUGAAGAGGGAAUGGGAGGAACACUUCAUCUCGCUACAAGCUCUGGAUGGACCAGACGAUCAGACGCUACGUCAGCACAAGCCUGUGAAGAGGGAAUCACAUGAACACUUCAUCUCGCUACAAGCUCUGGAUGGACAAGACUAUCAGACGCUACGUCAGCACAAGCCUGUGAAGAGGGAAUGGGAGGAACACUUCAUCUCGCUACAAGCUCUGGAUGGACCAGACGAUCAGACGCUACGUCAGCACAAGCCUGUGAAGAGGGAAUGGGAGGAACACUUCAUCUCGCUACAAGCUCUGGAUGGACAAGACGAUCAGACGCUACGUCAGCACAAGCCUGUGAAGAGGGAAUGGGAGGAACAAUUCAUCUCGCUACAAGCUCUGGAUGGACAAGACGAUCAGACGCUACGUCAGCACAAGCCUGUGAAGAGGGAAUGGGAGGAACACUUCAUCUCGCUACAAGCUCUGGAUGGACAAGACGAUCAGACGCUACGUCAGCACAAGCCUGUGAAGAGGGAAUGGGAGGAACACUUCAUCUCGCUACAAGCUCUGGAUGGACAAGACGAUCAGACGCUACGUCAGCACAAGCCUGUGAAGAAGGAAUGGGAGGAACAAUUCAUCUCGCUACAAGCUCUGGAUGGACAAGACGAUCAGACGCUACGUCAGCACAAGCCUGUGAAGAGGGAAUGGGAGGAACAGUUCAUCUCGCUACAAGCUCUGGAUGGACAAGACGAUCAGACGCUACGUCAGCACAAGCCUGUGAAGAGGGAAUCACAGGAACACUUCAUCUCGCUACAAGCUCUGGAUGGACAAGACGAUCAGACGCUACGUCAGCACAAGCCUGUGAAGAGGGAAUGGGAGGAACACUUCAUCUCGCUACAAGCUCUGGAUGGACAAGACGAUCAGACGCUACGUCAGCACAAGCCUGUGAAGAGGGAAUGGGAGGAACAGUUCAUCUCGCUACAAGCUCUGGAUGGACCAGACGAUCAGACGCUACGUCAGCACAAGCCUGUGAGGAGGGAAUGGGAGGAACAGUUAAUCUCGCUACAAGCUCUGGAUGGACAAGACGAUCAGACGCUACGUCAGCACAAGCCUGUGAAGAGGGAAUGGGAGGAACAAUUCAUCUCGCUACAAGCUCUGGAUGGACCAGACGAUCAGACGCCACGUCAGCACAAGCCUGUGAAGAGGGAAUGGGAGGAACAGUUCAUCUCGCUACAAGCUCUGGAUGGACCAGACGAUCAGACGCUACGUCAGCACAAGCCUGUGAAGACUCUGGAUGGACAAGACGAUCAGACGCUACGUCAGCACAAGCCUGUGAAGAGGGAAUGGGAGGAACAGUUCAUCUCGCUACAAGCUCUGGAUGGACAAGACGAUCAGACGCUACGUCAGCACAAGCCUGUGAAGAGGGAAUGGGAGGAACACUUCAUCUCGCUACAAGCUCUGGAUGGACAAGACGAUCAGACGCUACGUCAGCACAAGCCUGUGAAGAGGGAAUGGGAGGAACACUUCAUCUCGCUACAAGCUCUGGAUGGACAAGACGAUCAGACGCUACGUCAGCACAAGCCUGUGAAGAGGGAAUGGGAGGAACAAUUCAUCUCGCUACAAGCUCUGGAUGGACAAGACGAUCAGACGCUACGUCAGCACAAGCCUGUGAAGAGGGAAUGGGAGGAACACUUCAUCUCGCUACAAGCUCUGGAUGGACAAGACGAUCAGACGCUACGUCAGCACAAGCCUGUGAAGAGGGAAUGGGAGGAACAAUUCAUCUCGCUACAAGCUCUGGAUGGACAAGACGAUCAGACGCUACGUCAGCACAAGCCUGUGAAGAGGGAAUGGGAGGAACACUUCAUCUCGCUACAAGCUCUGGAUGGACAAGACGAUCAGACGCUACGUCAGCACAAGCCUGUGAAGAGGGAAUGGGAGGAACAGUUUAUCUCGCUACACGCUCUGGAUGGACAAGACGAUCAGACGCUACGACAGCACUGA